AUGGCAGCUUCCUGUCAAGACUCGUCCAUCACUAUAACACAAGAUAUCAGCCAUGUUGACGACCCUCUUCUCACUGCCUUAGCGCAGAACGGCGCUCUGCGUCUUAGCUGCGACCGCGCGCUGGUCUCGUUGAUACGCCAUGGAUCACAGGCCAUCGCCGCAGAAGCUGGACAGUCAACUCUGCUGUGCGCCUUGAAUGACCACACUGCCUCUGCACAACUUUCUCAACACCAAGCCUUUCUGCAUCGUGUACAGUCCGCCGCCGUCUUCCAAAGCCCCGAGCCUUCGACGCACGAGUCCAACCAUGUUAUCGCCAACCACACCCGACACAUCAUUCCGGACUUGCAUGUCCUCGACUCUCACCAAGACAACGUGUCCACACAAGCCUCAUAUGCUGCUGUACCGAUCACAUCUACCACAGGUCAACUUCUGGGUGUCUUUUCUGCCAUCGACAGCAAAAUACGACACGACUUCUCGAACCCGCACACAUACACCGUCAUGUAUGACAUCGCCUGCGCUAUCUCGCGCCACCUUGAAUCACAACCCAACCAACCCGAGAGGGACCACGGCAGAAAAGCCAAGCUAGCUCUUGCGAGAUUUUUGGAGCACAACAGACCACAGCCUGCAAGUGGCCGAGGAGCACCCAGGCACCUGCCGAGUUUGAGCUUCACAGAUUCUCAAGGCCGCACCUCGAGUCCAGCCACUUCAUCUUCUCCCAAUAGUGUCUCGGUGGACAAAUUGAUGGAAGAUGCAGUUUACUCUGUUGAUGACACACCUUUGACAACUCCAGCAGAAGACUCUUCUAAAUCUGGCUUCUUCGAUCCGCUGCCAGAGCCUACCAUGACUUCAUCCUUCUUGGACCAAGACCACCCAAUGGAGUCACAUGGAGAAUGUUCGGAAUCAGAAACUCGACCCUUAGAUCAAACGCUGUCGAUUGCUAUCGAUCUCAUUCGCGCCGCUCAUGAUCUUGAAGGUCUGGUUUUGUUGAACGCCACUUUCAGCAGCGCUGAUGACAUGUUCCGAUCCACCGACGACAAGUCAACUCAGCUUUUGUCGUUUUGUGAGACACUCGAAACCUCUUUCGCCACAAGCCAUCACACAUCACCACCUAUACCUGUCGAGCAUGAAACGCUGGGUCAGCUCAUCUCAAAUUUUCCUCAAGGCUGUAUUCUGAAGCUCGACAAUUGUAACAUAUCAGUUCUCCUUUUGGAUACUUCAGGGUCUGGUCCGGCGGUGUACGAAAGAUUGGAUGACACUAUUGUUGUAGCUCCAGAUCUACAUUCGCUACUCCAAAAAUCUCAGUCUGUAGUAUUUAUGCCCGUGUGGGAUUCAGCACGACAGGCAUUCUAUGCUGCCAUGUUGGGUUGGCCUAGAGAUUCCUCGCGCACAUUCACAGAGCAAGACCUGCUCUCGUUGGCCAUCUAUGGCCGCAUUUUGACUGCAGAUAUUUCACGCNUUAGGUAUGAAUCUCAAAUCACACCUAACAGGACAUGCUUGUUGACUCUAAAACUUGCAGAUGCUAUUGACACAGAGGCAACAAAAUCUGAUUUUGUUUCUUCUCUCAGCCAUGAACUACGCUCACCAUUGCAUGGAUGCUUGGCUGCUGUCGAAGUUUUGCGCGACACCGAGCUUGACAAAGCACAAAUCGACCUUCUGGGAAUGAUCGAGUCUUGCGCAUCAACCCUGCUAUACACCAUGAAUCACCUCCUGGAUUACUCCAAGAUUAACGAUCUUGAUCGCAUACAACCCUCCGUUCGCAGACACUCCGUCGGGUCCAUGUCCACGGCACCAGACUUGCCUCGUAACAGAUUCGGCACGGUCGUUGAAGACUAUCUAUGUCGCGUGGUGCAGGAUGUUGUCGAGGGCAUAUCCUAUGGUCAUGACAGAGAGCAGGCUGCCUACGAAUCAGAUCUAAGCAAUUCGCCCCAAGAUCAAAUCUUGCACCCCGAUAGCAAUACUGUACCUGCGAGGAACAAAAACGUCGCCGUCUUUUUGUACAUGGAAAGUCAUGCAGCGUGGUUCUCGAUGGUCUCAGCCGGAGCCUGGAAGCGGCUGGUGAUGAACUUGUUCGGUAACUCGCUCAAGUUCUGUCCUCAUGGCCAUAUCGAGGUCACUCUCAGAAUGGUUCCGGAUCCGAAAAAUACUGACAAAAUGAUGGCCCAUCUCAUGGUCAGUGACACCGGUAUUGGCAUGAGUGAUAAGUUCGUGAAACAUUCCCUGUAUCGACCAUUUGUCCAGGAAAAUCCACUGGUUAGCGGAACCGGACUUGGGCUCAACAUUGUUAAGCAGAUCGUCGACGAUUUGCAAGGAACCAUCAGUGUUAAGAGCAUCCUGGGGUUAGGCACUCGAUUCGACGUUCUCAUUCCUGUGAUCGAGCGUGUGAAGAUUCCUGGUGAGAUUGUACUCGAUGGUGGUCAGAUGCUGGACCAAGAAGCAAACCUCAAAGGUCGCACAAUAUGUUUGCUCUCAUCUCCACGUACACCAAUCGAAGGCAUAGACGAAUCGCACGAGCGUACAAAUCAGAUCCACUCUUAUGUGAAAGACAUCGCAGAGAAGUGGUUCAACAUGAAGAUAGUGUACGCGGAGAUGACGGAAGAGGUUGAUGCAGACAUUCGCAUCGCCGAGGCCUCUGACUAUGGCAUCUAUGCUUGUUCUGCAGGUGAGAGCCUACGAAAGGCCAAUACACACCGCACGAUCUUGGUUGGAAACCAACGACAGUUGGUGCAGACUCGAGAGCAAUGUCCCCAUGACUUUGUCGAAUUGAACUACCCUCUUGGGCCACGAGCUCUCGCUCGCGCGCUUCAUGCCGCCUUGAUGAUGCCAACUGAUCGAGUCGAUCGGAUCGACACUACGCCUGCCUUAUCGAGCCCUCGAGAUCAAACAAAUGUGAACACACAAACCGAACUCGUCAAUUCAGAGACGACGAUCGACUCUACCGGACCCCUCAUAAAGGAAACCAACCUCGACUCCAUCCAAACAGAACACCUCCUACUCGUCGACGACAACGCCAUCAACCUAAAACUUCUCUCCACCUUUAUGAAANAGCUGUCCAUCGACGCCCACACAGCAGUGGACGGCGAAGACGCUUUCAACACCUACAAAACCUUCUCCUCAACUCAACCCUUCACCACUAUCUUGAUGGACAUUUCGAUGCCCAAAAUGAAUGGCUUUGAGUCAUCCCGCGCCAUCCGCGAUUUUGAGGCCAAGAACAAGCUUCCUCGGUCGAGGAUCAUUGCUCUGACAGCACUUGGUUCCGAAGCUUCGAGGANNCGAGAAGCAGAGGCUAGUGGCAUUGAUGACUUCCAGAUGAAGCCUGUUGCACUCAAGACACUCAAAAGUCUAUUCAAAAGCGCUCCUCCUAUCAAGGUUGACACGCCUCAAGAGGCCUUCGUUGGCAAAGAUGUGAAUUGA